AUAUAUGGUGUCCAAAGAUUCAAUCUCUCUCAAUCAAAAGUUACCUUCUUUAAUUUCCUCUCUCUAGUCACUGUGUAAGAGAUGGGAAGAUCACCAUGUUGUGAGAAAGCAGGGUUGAACAGAGGGAGAUGGACUGCUGAAGAAGAUGAAAUUUUGAUCAAAUACAUUCAAGCUCAUGGACAUGGAUCAUGGAGGUCUUUACCCAAGAAUGCAGGUUUGCUAAGAUGUGGCAAGAGUUGCAGGCUUAGAUGGAUGAACUACCUAAGAACUGAUCUCAAGAGAGGGAAUAUCACUGCUGAAGAAGACCAACUCAUUGUUAAGUUGCGUAGCACUUUGGGAAACAAGUGGUCGUUGAUAGCUGCACAUUUACCAGGAAGAACCGAUAACGAGAUAAAGAACUACUGGAAUUCUCAUUUGCGCAGAAAAAUUUACAAUUUUACCAGGUAUAAAGAUUAUGAUUUGUCAGUCAACGAAGUCGACACUAUCAAAAAUAAUAUCCCAACAACGACAACCACAAAAAAGCGUAGAUCAUGCAGGCGAACCAGUCGAUCAGCCAUGAAAAAUCACAAGCUCGUGUUAAUGUCAUUAAGUCACGAGGUACCUGGACAAGCUGCAAGUGUACCAGAGAUGAUGGAGGCGAGUAUUACCCCACAAAAUAGUACGGAAUCAGGAGAAGAUGAAGCUUUGGAACCCUAUCAAUGGCUUGAUAACGAACUAGAGCGUCUGAAAUUUACUUGUAUUCAUCUGCAAAAUGAAGAAACUAGGGUUAACAAGGCAACUGGAGAACACGAGGAAAAGAUGGCUUCUGUGGAAAAUCAUGGUGAUGAUGAAAUGAAUGGUCAUCACGAUGAUCAGUUGCAGAGAUCAUCACAAGGGUGUAACAGAACUGUUUCGAUGAUAUCUGAUGAUGAUUAUCAUCAUCAUGAUGCAGAUCAAGAAUGGUGGUAUGCUUGUUUUUCACCACUGGUUUCAGAGAUUAAUAAUUAUGAUCAGGAAUGGGGUUUUGAAUCCCACGGUGAAAAUCAAUAUGAACAUUUGUGGGAUGCAUAAAUAUUA